AUGGCUGAUCCACGUAGAUUGCGACAUUGCUCGACAAAGCCUCGCGUCUUUAUCGUCUCGGACAUUUCCAACGAGCCGGAUGACGCAGAGUCCCUUGUCCGGUAUCUGUUGUACUCGAACGAAUUCACCACUCUCGGCCUGGUCGCGACGACGUCGACGUGGAUGAGAAAGGUGGUACACCCGGAAGACAUGCGAAAGAUUGUCCACGCGUACGGCGAGGUCGUCGACAACCUCAACGCCCACGUCCACCCGGACAAUCGUUACCCCACGAAAGACCACCUCCUCUCCGUCAUCAAAUCUGGGCCGGCACUCUACGGCAGAGAAGCCCUGGGGGACGGCGUGCCGGUCAGCGAGGGCGCGCAACUCCUCGUGGAGCGCGUCGACGAAGCCGAGGAGCCGCUGUGGCUUCUCUGCUGGGGCGGCAUCAACGUCCUGGCCCAGGCCCUUUGGCACGUACGACGCCAACGGACGGCCUCCGAGUUUGCUCGCUUUCGCGCCAAGCUGCGCGUCUACACGAUCUCCGACCAGGACGACACCGGGUCGUGGAUCCGGUCGAGCUUCCCCGACAUCUUCUACAUCUGCUCGGUGCACGGGUGGGGGGAGUACGGGUGUGCCGCGUGGACGGGCAUCUCGGGCGACGUCCUCAUGCCCAUCGACCACGGAGGCCCCGACCCGUCAAAGGUCACGAAGGAAUGGCUCAAGAAAAACAUUCAGAUCGGGCCGUUGGGGGGUGUGUACCCGACGUACGCGUUCAUCAUGGAAGGGGACACGCCCACGUUUCUGUACCUGAUCCAGAACGGCCUCGGGUCUCCGGAGAAUCCUCACUGGGGCAGCUGGGGCGGUCGCUACAGCCUGGUAGACAUCGGUGGGGGCGCAAAUCAGUACGCCGACGCGAGGGACGCGGUGGUCGGUCUGGACGGCCGGAAUCACCGGAGCAACCAGGCCACCAUCUGGCGGUGGAGAGAUCAUUACCAGGACAGCUUUGCAGCGCGCAUGCAAUGGUCCCUGACGGGUGAUCGGAGCGAGGCAAAUCACGAGCCGGUCGUGAUUGUCAAUGGCAGUUCAUCCGGCCCCGAACCGCUACUGCUCGAGGUGGAAGCCGGGGAAGAAGUCACUCUCGACGCUUCGAAAAGCUACGAUCCAGACGGCGACAAACUCUCAUUCGAAUGGUUUCAGUACAAGGAGCCAACAGCCGCACAGUCUCAUGUCCACUGGAUUGUCCCCGACAUCGACAUCAAGCCUGCUCCCAGCACGACGAAUGACGAUGAUGCUGAUAACCCCCGAAUCGUCAAGAUCAAACUACCACCGCCGGAGACGAGCGCGGUCAAUAUUGUCACAGGUCAGGCCCUCGAGAAGGGCAUGGCUCUUCACUUUAUUCUCCAAGUCACCGACGCCGGAACACCUCCUUUGACCACGUACAAGCGGAUCGUCGUGCAGACAACCAAUCCAAACUUGCUCGGAGGUCGAUCCGAAGUGUUUGAUACGGUCACUGACGCUAUUGGAAAGGGAGAAGACUAAAAAUCUCCACCAAAUGGGAU